AUGGAGAAUGAUGCUAAUUAUUCAGACAAAGAAGAUCAUGAAGAUGAAUUAGAUGAAGAGACAACAAAGAUCCAAGAGCCUCUCUUGUCCAUCACCAACACCAAGGGUGGAUUCAAAACUAUUCCAUUCAUCUUGGCAAAUGAAGCUUUUGAGAAAUUGGCCAGCAGUGGUCUUGGCCCUAACAUGAUCAUUUACCUCAUGUCCGAAUAUAACAUGAGCAUGACCACAGCCUCAAACUUCAUCUUCAUCUGGUCGGCCGCCACCACCUUCUUCCCCAUCCUCGGCGCCAUCAUCGCAGACUCUUAUCUCGGUCGCUUCACCAUGAUCGCAGUUGGAUCCCUUGUUAGCCUACUGGGGAUGAUCCUACUAUGGUUAACAACCAUAAUCCAACAAUCAAGACCUUCACAUUGUGAUCAACAGCAAUUCAUCACAGAUAGUGAUGAUAAUAAUAAUUGCGAAUUCCCGUCAAUACCCCAGAUUAUCUUCUUAUGUAUCGCUUUCGGCCUUAUGUCAAUUGGAGCAGGUGGCACUAGAUCCUCUUCAUUAGCAUUUGGAACAGAUCAACUGCAAACCGACCACCGCCUGAAAACUCCCGGCGCAUUGGCAAGCUACUUCAGCUGGUACUAUGCUUCAUCAGCGUUUUCCAUUAUCGUCGCUAUAACUUUAAUAGUUUAUAUCCAAGAUAAUAUAGGUUGGACAGUUGGUUUUGGUGUACCCGUCGUUCUAAUGUUCAUUUCCACAGUGUUUUUCUUCUCGGCUUCGCGUCUAUACGUUAAGCGAAAGCCGAAGCCGAGCUUGAUCGUCGGUCUGUUUCAAGUGGUCGCAGCCUCGUACAAGAACAGACAUAUCAAGAUGAUGUCGACCCAUGAUUAUUACUGCCACAAGGAUCAACUAGUUCCCAGUGAGAGCUUUGGGUUUUUGAACAAAGCUUGUGUUAUUAAAGAUCGAGAACUAGACUUAACUUCAGAAGGAGAAGCUUUGGAUCCGUGGUGUCUAUGUACUGUCGAACAAGUCGAGGAGCUAAAAUCGUUGAUCAAAGUGUUCCCUUUAUGGUCCACGGGGAUCAUGUUGUGCGUAAUCAUAAACCAGGGCUCGUUCCGUGUGAUCCAAGCCGCGGCAAUGGAUCGACAUGUGAGUUCGACCUUCGAGAUUCCUCCCGGUUCGUUCGGGGUUUUCAUGGUCAUCUCUGUAAUCCUAUGGAUCGGUCUCUACGAUAGAGUAAUCCUGCCGUUAGCAUCGAAAAUCAUGGGGAAACCGGCUCAUAUGACGGCUAAAACGAGGAUGGGGGUCGGACUUUUCUUGUCGUUCAUCACCAUUGCGACGACGGCUCUGGUGGAGAGCUUCCGACGAGCCAAACCACCCACGGUUAAGAUGUCGGCAAUGUGGCUUAUACCGCAAAACUGCUUGGCGGGCCUGGCAGAGGCAUUAAACAUGAUUGGGCAAAACGAGUUUUACAUAUCGGAGUUCCCAGACAGCAUGGCUAGCAUUGCUUCGACUCUGACCGGAGUUGGGUGGUCGGUUGGUAGCUUGCUGGCUAGCUUCAUAUUGAGUAGCGUGGAUAUUGCCACAAAGAAGAAGGAUGGAACAGAGAGCUGGGUUUCAAGUGAUAUAAAUAAGGGUCAUUAUGACUACUAUUGUUGGCUUCUUUCUGGCUUGAGCCUUGUUAAUUUAAUGUAUUUUGUCAUCUGCAGUAGAUCUUAUGGUCCUUGCAAGGGACAAGGAUUAAGUAGAUAA